CCAGGUCGGGUCGCAGCAGCCGCCGUCGCUCUGCUGCUUCUGAGCAUUUCCCGAGCCGAGCCGCCCGUCAAUUUCCAUUCAAAUAUGGCUGACGGAGAGUCGACGACGACGGGUGCGAGUUGUGUUUUGUUGCGUUCGGUGUAAAAAGUCUCUUGUUGUCCGGCUGAAAAUGCAGUUUUCGCAUUGAUUACGGUUCGGCGGAGUUCAAUGAAUCUGGCGCUGAGUGCGAGACAGGCGAGCAAAGUGAGUUUAAUUCAAGAAAUUCGUCGCGAAAAUCCACUUUGUGUGCGACGGGAAGACUCGCAAGAGUAGCAGCGAAUUGAGUGCGGGGAGUGUGAAAAACGAGAAAAGGAAAAGGCGAUCCUUGGGUCCGUAUGGCGUGCGGAAUGCAAUGAAGAUAGUGCAAGGCAAAGUGUCGUGAAAUUCUGUGAGCAAAUCUCGUUGCAGUGAUUGCGGGAAAGGCACAAAGUGAGUGGUCAGAGUUUUUGGGAUAUUUCACGAAGAACCUGCAGGAGUCGAAGUUGCCAGUCGGCCAGAACUGAGGAGUGUCCGCUGCCUUCGAGAGACACCCAGCUGCGAUUUUUUCCGAGCGAGUGGCGGAAAUAUGUGAGAAACAUCAAAGCCAUCUUUCUUUUUCUCCGUAUCCUCCUCUACAUGUGAAUAAAUGCCUGUCAGUUGCCAGCCUAUCAACUGACCAGGUGACCUUUCAUCGCCGGUGAUCAUCGAAAUAUCCAAAGCUCCAACUGCAAAUCUUCCACGUUUGUCUUCUCUCUUCAAUCUGAGAUACUACUACACUUUGCACCGUCAUCGAUAAUUUUUUCUAAAAAUAGCGCAAAACCUCAUCAACAAUUUUUUUAUAAUCGCAAUUACAUUUAAGCAACGUUUUAGUAAUGAGUGAGCAAAGUAUUAUUAGCGCCAGGGCCUCCGUUAUGGUCUACGAUGAUACCCAAAAAAAAUGGGUACCAUCUGGUACGUCGUCCGGUCUCAGCAAAGUUCAGAUCUAUCAUCAUCAACAGAACAAUACAUUUCGUGUUGUUGGACGUAAACUUCACGAUCAUGAAGUUGUAAUUAACUGUUCGAUAUUAAAAGGAUUGAAAUAUAAUCAGGCAACAGCAACAUUUCAUCAAUGGCGAGACUCAAAAGUUGUUUAUGGACUGAAUUUCUCAAGUCAACAAGAUGCGGAAGCAUUCGCUCGGGCUAUGAUGCAUGCGUUAGAGAUAUUAAGUGGUCGUCUACUAUCUGGACCGCAAAUUGCAACAAAUGGCAAUGCAUAUGACGAAGAUAUGGGCUAUCGAACUAUGACACGCGAAGAUGCAGCCAUUCUCCAGCAACAACAACAAAUGACCGGCACCGUUACACCGUCAGCACAAACACCCACAUCACAAAGCAACCAGAAUAUCCCACAGAGCCCACCGACACCACAAGGUCAUCAUCGCACAAGCAGUGCACCGCCAGCACCACAACCACCACCAAUGUCAAUGGCACCACAGAUGUAUAAUCAACAACAAGUGGUGGGAGGCGGGAUGAUGCAACCGCCACAACAACAGCCAGGAUCCCAGCAACAAUCACAAUAUCAUGCACCACAAUCGGUAACACAGCAUCAUCCUGUAUAUUCCUCACAGCCCAUUAAUAAUUCAUACACAAAUCAGUAUCAGCAGCCCAUUUACGUGACAUCUAGUUCUAAUCAAAGUCUAAAUCAGCAGCAGCCGCAGCAGGGGCCGCCUCAACCGCCGCCCCAUCAGAAUGGUCCAAUAUACGUGGCCUCACAGCAGCAACCACAAGGAAUUCCAUCGUCAGCCAGUUCGAAUAGUGUAGUUUAUGCUAGCCAACAAUCGCAACAACAGCUUCCACAUCAACCGCCAGUUCCACCACAACUCCAGCAACAACAGUCUUCGCAAAGCCUCUCAGGUGUUUACGCAGCAUCAAAUAACAAUGGACCGAGCCACGAGUCGCAGUACGCUCAAAUUCCAGCUGCUCCACCCAUGAUGCCCUCAAUGAUGGCAGUAGGUGGUGGCGGUGGUAUCGGUAACAAUGUUCCUAUUCAAUCCGCUGGCGGAACAACAGGACGUUCUCAAGCAGCACCACCAACGUCAGCACCCCAGGCACCACCGCCACCACCGGCAUUCGGUGGCGGUCCACCACAGGCACCCGCGCCGCCAAUGCAGCCACCUAUGGCACCACCAAUGGGCGGCGGUCCACUAGGCGCAGCACCUCCACCACCACCGCCGCCGCCAAUGGGCGGCCUAGCAGCUAAGAACGAUAGCGGUGCUAUGGACAUGAGUUCGCUUGCAGCUCAACUACAAAACGCUAGACUUAAGAGAAAUAAUAAGACUACACCUCCACCGGCCGAAAACAGCGGUAGUAGUACAUCGAGCGGUGGUAGCGGAAACUAUGGCACGAUUGGACGUACAUCGAAAGGAAUGGCCUCAAUGAUGGACGAAAUGGCGAAAACCUUGGCCAGGCGACGAGCGCAAGCCGAGAAAAAAGAGCCUGAACCAGCUAACGAAGAAAGUGUGCGACAACGACCAUGGGAAAAAUCAAAUACUUUACCUCAUAAACUUGGAACCGGAUCGAGUGGUAAUACCACAUCGAGUAAUUCAACCAAUGCGAAUAGUAACAGUGAAUCGCCAAGACCCAUACGAAAACGUUUCGGUAGUGCUAGCGAAGAAACAAUACUUAAGCAAGUCAAUGGCGAUGGAUUAUCUUUAGCACUUUCUGCCGAUUUAGAUAGUUUUAAGGCUGAAAUCAUUAGAGAGAUGCGUCUCGAAAUACAGAAGGCCAAACAAGAGAUUAUAGACGCUAUUAAAUCGGAAUUUAAUAGGAGGUAAGGUAAAGUGUGUAUUGGUACUACUACAAAGAAGUAAUGCGUUUGUAUAACACAAAAACUGAACUGAAAAGAACAUUAAACCCAAUUCUAUUUGUAAGAAUAAAGCAACUGCAUUAUAUAAAUAAUUAUAACUAUAAAUACACAUUGAUAUAUACACGUGUAUAAUAUUAAGAAGGAUAUCGCUUAGUAUCUUUCAAGGUAAUUAUUAUUCAUUUUUUUAAAGAAAAAACUAGUAUUAUAUUUAAUUGAUACAUUAAAAGUGUUUAAUACAUUGAAUUUAUUAUAAUACAAUGAAGACUACGGCGAAAGUUAUUUAAAUUAUCGACAAUUGCGUAAGAAUUUGAGCUCGAUAGUUCACACACACAUACAUAUUUCGAUAGAGCAAAAAUAUAAAUAAAAAUAAAAAUAAAAUGUUACUGCAUUUCACACCACAAGAAAACAAGAAAACAACAAAAGGAACACUACCUAUAUCCGAAAAGAAGGAAACGAAAUUAAUUAUAUAAAUAUAGGCUUUAGUAACGUUAUAUAAAUAAUUAAAGUUAAAAGAAUUAUUGUUUAUAUUAAAAAUAACAAUUCAAGAAAACAAAAAUCAUAAAAAGUGAACACUUUUAAAUUUAAAUAAAAAUUACCUAAUAAAAUUUAUAAAUGAAAAUAUUAAUUUAAUAAUGAUUAGAUUUUCUAUGUCUAAACAUUUUAAGGGAAAAACGAGAACUAAAUAAAACAAAAGAAAGUGAAAAUGAAGAAGAAGAAGAAGAUAAUGAUGAAGAUAUACUACAUUCAAGCGAUUAGAAAAUUCGGAAAAAUCAUAAAAAUUACUAAUUAAAUACAAUAGGCAAAGAAGCGAAACAAAUUAUAUAGAAUAACUACGGAAUAACUUGAAACAAAA